AUGUCAUGUCCCAACAGCGCGGCUCCCAACGCCUUCCUGAUGGAGCCGCUGGCUCGCCCCGAGCCCUUCGCCGCUGGCCCGGGGCUCUUCGCCCAGCCCGGCGACUUCUCGCCCCUGCGGAGCUGCGCGGCCCUCCCGAAACGCGACGAGGCCUCGCUGGGCUCCUUCCCGCCCUACCUGGCGCAGCUCGACACCUGGGCCGACCCCAAAAGCGCUUUUAGGAUCGAGCAAGCUGCUGCGCGGCCGCUGCCGAGCUGCGCCUUCCCCGCCGUCAAGGAGGAGGGCGGCUGCUGCAUGUUCCCGGCGGAAAAAAGGGCCAAAAACCCCCAAAACGUGGCCGAGGGCUCGCUCUUCCCCUCGCCGCUGGCCGAGCCCUGCCUGGGCGACCACGAGGUGCCGGUGGCCGGCUACUACCGCUACCCCUCGCUGGAGAAAAGCCCCGAGGCGGCGGAAUUCCAGGCGGCCUUGGAGGGCAGGAGCGGCCGCAGCGAGCGGCUGGAAGCGGCCGAGGGCGUUUCACCCAAAUUCCGGCGGAUGCCCCGAAACGCCGGCGCGGAGCAGCCGCGGGGGGAAAUCAAAUCGGAAAAAACCAAACUGAGCGCGGGCGAGGAGCAAAAGGAGGCGAGUAAAAGCGCGGACGCGGCCAGCACCGAUAAUUCCGACUGCGAGGCCAAAG